GGGGCGGGGCGGGGCGCGAGCGCGCGGCGGGCGCUGGGCGGGUCGGCGGAGCGGUCGGUCGGUCUCAGUUGUUCUGCGAGUCGGCGCAGAUUGACGAAACUUUACUAAAGAUGUCUAAGCAACAACCAACUCAGUUUAUAAAUCCAGAAACUCCUGGAUAUGUUGGAUUUGCAAAUCUUCCCAAUCAAGUUCACCGAAAAUCAGUGAAAAAAGGUUUUGAAUUCACGCUGAUGGUGGUCGGUGAAUCGGGGCUGGGAAAGUCGACGCUCAUCAACAGCCUCUUCCUGACCGACCUCUACCCAGAAAGAGUCAUCCCUGGAGCCGCAGAGAAAAUUGAAAGAACUGUCCAGAUUGAGGCUUCGACUGUUGAGAUUGAAGAGCGCGGGGUGAAGCUGCGUCUGACCGUGGUGGACACCCCGGGCUACGGGGAUGCCAUCAACUGCAGGGACUGCUUUAAAACAAUCAUCUCCUACAUCGACGAGCAGUUUGAGCGGUACCUGCAUGACGAGAGCGGUCUGAACAGACGGCACAUCAUCGACAACAGGGUGCACUGUUGCUUCUACUUCAUCUCCCCCUUCGGACAUGGACUGAAGCCAUUGGAUGUUGCGUUCAUGAAGGCGAUCCACAACAAGGUGAAUAUUGUGCCUGUCAUCGCGAAAGCCGACACACUCACCCUGAAGGAGCGGGAGCGCCUGAAGAAAAGGAUUCUGGAUGAAAUUGAGGAACACAGCAUCAAAAUCUAUCACUUGCCUGACGCGGAGUCGGAUGAAGAUGAAGAUUUUAAGGAGCAGACGAGACUUCUCAAGGCUAGCAUCCCUUUCUCUGUGGUUGGAUCCAAUCAGCUGAUUGAAGCUAAAGGCAAGAAGGUCAGAGGCCGCCUCUACCCUUGGGGUGUCGUGGAGGUGGAGAACCCGGAGCACAACGACUUUCUGAAGCUGAGGACGAUGCUCAUCACUCACAUGCAGGAUCUCCAGGAGGUGACUCAGGACCUGCACUACGAGAACUUCCGGUCUGAGAGGCUCAAGAGAGGCGGCAGGAAAGUAGAAAAUGAGGACAUGAAUAAAGACCAGAUACUGCUGGAGAAGGAAGCUGAGCUCCGCCGCAUGCAGGAGAUGAUCGCGCGGAUGCAGGCGCAGAUGCAGCUGCAGCUGCAGGGUGGUGACGGUGACAGCGGGGUCCACGGGCACCACGUGUGAGGAAUCCCUUUGCAAGAUAAACACUCCGAUGAGUAACACAGCUGCGUGUUUUCAAGACUGUUGGAGGGGUGCCUGUCCACAUUUCACAUUACCUGUGCCUGAGAAUUUAAUUUUUUAAAAACUUUCAAUGUGUUAUUUUGUAUGAAGUACCUUAACAUUUGCAUUCAUUGUUAUGUUAUACUUUAUAUUUUGUGAGGUGAACUGUCCAUUUUCCUUCUUCUUGCAUUUUAAGUAACCACUGACGCUAGAACUGAUUCCCAGGGACCAGUCAGCACAUAUAGUUAAUAGUGGAAUUUGAUUUGACUGGCCUAACCAACUAAUCGUGAUUUACUUCUAGAACAUUCAGAUUUCCGAGAAUGUUCCUGAGCAGUAGAGAUGAACACAGAAGGAUGAGCUGCCUGGGUACGAGGCCAUUUCUCACCAAGCCAUGGCACCUGCUUCCCUGCCUUGCUUUUAUUUGACCACAACAUCCAAAACCAGUUUUGCUGCUAUAACUCCAUACUGUUAAUCCAUCUGCACAUUAUCUGUUUACCAAAUGAAAAGAUACCUAAUUAGAUACAUGUUUAUACUUCAAUAGCUUUUUUACAAACAGGCUGUUAGAGGGGAGUUUUUUAACAAGUCUUUGAAUUCUGAGGUCAUUUUUUAAACCACUAUGCAGAGAACUCGCCACAAACCACAUUCUGUAGAGUUUGCCACGAAAACCCAUGAGCUGCAGUUUCCAUGUCACAGCUAAGAUUCUCACCUAUGUGGUGAGAGUCAGUAAACUAUUUGUACUCAACUAGAUUUAUAGCAUAACUUUUUAAGGAAAAUUAACAGUUGAUCUGUGCAGAAGCCUGCCUUUUUAGGCUGCACUUGGCAUGUUUUCUGUGACUGCGGUGUGGAAGAUGCGCCUCGGCAGGGGCAUCACGGUUCCCAGCGAGGUUCUCCUGGUUUGGCUUCACUUGGACUGAUCCCGUUCUGAAUGGUUUUCAGGCAGAUAGCAGCGUGUGGCCUGUCCCAUCCAUUUUUAGCCGCCGUGGUUUCCUUCCUUACAUGUUACACAGACUUGUCCACAGGGGGCUUGAGAGUGACGGCUCUUGCAGACUUGCUCCGUGGGCUGGCUGAUGGUCAGCACCAUGCUGCCUGGUUUCCUGUGCCCGCGGUUGAUCGGUCAUCAGAAGUGACACAUGGAAGGAGCCUGGAGGGAGUGGGUGCUGGCUCAGCAUUCUCAUUCCACUAGAGCACGAGGGGCUGACGUGGAGAAGCACUGAGCUCCAGGGCUGAGGACACCCAGAAAGGAAAGGGACAUGGUGACAGUUGGCCAGGUGCACUGCAGACCAUCUGGUGUUCUCCCGACUGCCCUUUCACUGUUGCCUAAUUGCAAGUGGUCAAGAGCUAUAGGUUUAGGUGCAUUGUACAGUUUUUACCAAGAAGUGUUCCAUGACCUUAGGGGUACUUCCAUGCAAGGCCAGUUAUUUGGGUUAUUUUGGCAUUUAUUAACUAUGCUAGUAAAAGCUCUUUUUUAAAAGGGGGCGGGGUGGCAGUAAGUGGUAGACGUAAUAAGCCCAGUAUAGUCUGCAUAGUGCCAGCUGCCACCUCAUGGAUGCGUGGGUGUGGGUGGACCUACACUUUCAAAUUUCCUUUUGUUUUUCUGCCCCAAUCUAAAUACUUUUGCUAAUAGAUAAUUGCUCUUUAGUUACUAAGAGAGAAAACUUUACCUAUAAAAAUGUAUUUUGAAAACUUAUUUUACACAGCAAUUUUGUAUCCACUGAAACUAACCUUUUACCAAUAAAGCACUAUUGUUUAGAUAUUAA